CCCAGGCAGCAAUGGCGGCUCCCAUGUCGUGGAGGAGGUUGUUGUCCGGCCUCAAAAGACCGGCUGUCUCCGGGGUUCUGACCCGCAUGUCCGACCGGUUAUUCCGGAGAAAGGAGCGGAGCAGAGGGUCGUCUGUGUUCCUGCUGGCCCCCCUGCUGGGGGAGGUUCGUCCCCUCCCUGCCCUGGUUCAGCCUCGCCCCCCUGCCUGCCCCGUUACCUCGGAGGGACUGCUGCAGCGCUUCCACUGGAUUGCGGACCAGGUGCCGGCUUUCCGGGUCUCGGGGGGGCAGGUGCACGUGCUGCACUCCCCUGACGAAUUCUACCAGAUCAUGAAGGCAAAUAUUAAGACUGCUAAGAGGAGGGUAGUGAUGGCUUCCCUGUAUCUAGGAACAGGACCCCUGGAACAAGAGCUGGUGGACUGCAUAGAGGAGGCUCUAGAGAGGUCCCGAGAGGAGAGAAUGGCCUCUGACCUCAAGGUGUCUAUUCUGCUGGAUUAUACAAGAGGAUCUAGAGGCAAGAAGAACUCUCGGAGCAUGCUGCUGCCCCUGCUGCAGAGGUUCCCUGGUCAGAUGUGCGUCUCUUUGUACCACACCCCCGACCUGCGCGGAGUCCUCAAGACACUCGUCCCCGAGCGCUUCAACGAGACCAUCGGCUUGCAGCACAUCAAGGUCUACGUGUUCGAUGACAGCCUCAUCAUCAGUGGAGCGAAUCUGAGCGACUCGUAUUUCACUAACCGGCAGGAUCGGUACAUCUUGCUGCGGGACUGUGCGGAGCUGGCAGAUUUCUUCUCUGAGCUGGUGGGCGCAGUGGGCGACGUGUCUUUGCAGCUGCAGCGGGACGACACGGUGCAGGUGAAGGAGGGCAUGGUGCACCCCUACAAAGGCGACCACUCUGAAUUCUGCACAGCAGCCAACAAGCGAAUCAUGCAGGUAGUGGACUUGGCCCGGGCCAAGCAGCAACUCAGCACUUCUACGACGGAGGUGAGCCAGCACCGGCAGGGGCCUGGGGACACGUUGGUCUUCCCGCUGGUGCAGAUGAAGCCACUGGGGAUUGGUCUGGACGAGACGGUGACCAAGCGACUGCUGACGGAGGCAGGGGACGAUUCCCGAAUCUACCUCGCCUCCGGCUACUUCAACCUCACCCGCGCCUACAUGGAACUGGUCCUGGGCACCAGGGCCGGCUACCGCAUUCUGCUGGCGUCUCCAGAGGUCAACGGCUUUUUCGGUGCCAAGGGUGUGGCCGGAGCGAUCCCGGCAGCCUAUAUCCACAUCGCCAGGCAGUUCUACAGCAAGGUGUGCCGGAGGGGUCAGCAGGACCGAAUCCGGCUGCAUGAGUACAUCAGGAGGGACUGGACCUUCCAUGCCAAGGGUCUGUGGUACUAUCUCCAGGGGAGCGAGCAACCCUGCCUCACUCUGAUUGGCUCCCCCAAUUUCGGGUACCGCUCUGUGCACAGGGACCUGGAAGCCCAGCUCGCAAUAGUCACUGAGAACCAGGGCCUGCAGGCAGAGUUACAGCAGGAGCAGGAACGACUGUACUGCAUGUCAGCUGAAGUAUCGCCUUCCACGUUUGAGCAGCCAAACCGCUCUGUGAAGCUUUGGGUGAAGCUGGUUACCCCUCUCAUCAAGAACUUCUUCUGAAAGGAAGGAAACCCUGCAUGUGUUCCGCAGUGUGACGCUGGUUAAAGGUCCAGACAAAGGUGGGUCCACGGAUACGUGUCUUAUACACCGGGCAUUCGUAUAUGUUUUUGGUCUCCUGCCUGUCCAC